UUCUCACUUUCUUCGCUGGCUGGCUGACUGACUGGCGACUCGAAGCGAAUUUCCCCAUCAAAACGGAAUGCACAAAGAGGAAAGAAAAGCAAAACAGCGAGCUACGUGAAAAAAGUGAUCAGCUCGACCAUCGCUCAGUAAAAAAUCGUGAAUAUUUUGGAUUGUGUCUUUGGGAAAUCGAUUUUUCCAAGUGAAGGUUGUUUUUUGUCGUGGAAAGUGUUGUCCUAUACUAUCUGCUGCUGCAUUUUUCCAUCACGGUGUGCGAAGGAAAGGAAAAUUUGUCGGAGGUGGAAAACCUUGAUGCGUCAUAACAGCACUUGGAGGAAAAAGGGAUAAUCGCCAGUGUUUGUGUUUUUCAUCGAGUAGGACUAAGGGAGCAGAAAUUAAAAUCGUUAUAGCGAUUGUCUUUUUGAACAGGAAAGAUCUCGUCACUACCCCAAAAUGCCUCCGGCCAACAACAACAACAACAGUAACAACGAUGAUUUGCCCCCGCCCAAGGCAGACUUCAGCGCACCGCCACCGUACGAGGCCACGGAUAGCGAUCAGUAUGCUCAGCCGACCCAUCCGGAAAUGACCACAAAACUACCGACCUACGAAGAGGUCCAGAUGGAGAAGAUGAUCAAUCACGAGCUGCCGAUUCCGCCGGGGGCAAACGGUCACAUGCCACCUCCACCGCCUAGUAUUACCGGACUCCCAAUGGGACCAGUCGGACGAACCACGGGAGGUCCUAACGGGGGCCCGGCCGUGACAUUCAUCGCUAUAGACACAGAUGGUGAAAACAUCAACGCCGACAACAGUCUCCUCGGGACGGACAUUGUAUUCGUAACAGCAUUUCUGGUAGCGUUCCUGUUCAAUUGGAUCGGUUUUCUGAUGCUGACAUGCUUCUGCCACACGAUUGCCGCCCGUUACGGUGCCCUCUCUGGGUUCGGUUUAUCUCUGGCAAAGUGGACAUUGAUCGUCAAGCAUUCGACCGACUUCGCUUCGCACGAAAAUUCAUGGCUUUGGUGGCUCAUCAUGGCCUUUGGUUUCCUGAUCUGUGUGCGCGCUCUUGUGCAAUACAUCAGUAUCAAACGAACAUGGCGACUACUCUCGACAUCUGCUCAAGAGCGACUUCUGUUCUUCUACUGAGUUUCGUGUAUGGCUUAAAUAAGCACAUCUACAUUUGGAACAUUCACCUAUAUUAACUUGUUCUCCAAAACGAGGCUCCCAGUCGCUGGAUGAAUGUGUCAGGGUCAUCCGACAAGCAAGCUUACAAUCAAACAUGAAAGCAGAUGAGCGUUUUAAAAAGAAAUACUUUUUGUGAUACGUCAAUCACCUCCGUUUAUGCAGUGGAAUCGUUCCGGAAGAAGAUAGAUAUAACUAAUUUUAAAACACCACGAAACACCUGAAAACAUUCCCCCCACGUUAUUGUUCAUUAUUCUGAGACCGUAACCAUUAUGCAAAUGUCUGACCACGCUUAUUCCCGGGGAGUAGUGUGCUAUCAAUAGUUAUUCGUUGUUUUAUCAGAUAAAAAAAAUACUAAAUUAGGAUGCCAUUCGAGGGGACUUACUAUUCAACUCGCAAGCAGUGCAAUCAGAUUCGCAUGUGUGGUUUGAUUUGCAUUUUAGUCAGAAUCCAAUUUUUGUUCAAUUUAUUGUUGAUUACGUUUGCAACAAAUAGGUCGAUUUUUGCUGCUACUUAAACAAACAAUUCACCACCGCAAGAGUAACUGAGAGACCAGUGUUGUAGAUUUCCUCCCUUUUUGAAAUUGGGCCAAGUUCAUGUAGUAUGCAGUGUUAUCGUCGAAUAAAAUAGUGUUGAACAUUAAUCACGUCUAUAUGUAUUAGAUAAAAUCAAUUUAGAUUAUGUGCCUGGAUAAGAUAAACCUCGAUAUGAAUAUAUUCGAACCAUCGUGUAUUAGUCUGCACGAAAAUCCGAAUGAUUAUCUGAACCGGAUGAAGAUAGUUGAAGUUGUGAGAGAGUAUAGGGCACCAAGAGCAACCGAAAGGAUCUUAUAUGUAUGCGUAUACGCAUGCCUAUGUAUAUGUAUGCGAGUGCAUCGAGAGAAAA